UCGCCAUGACUGUUAAUGUAACUUGAGUCAAAUCAAUGUUUUUUUCUGGGGGGAACAGCGCGAGAACAAGAUGGCUGUCCCAGGACGACACACAAGACUUUUCUCUCUCUUUUCUUUUCACGUAAAACGCAGCGAUUUAAAAACUAACGUUAAACGAACAACUUAAAAUAUCUCUAAGGCACCGUUUUUUAACCAUUUUGGGAGUUAGUUUAAAAGUUUUGUGUGUUUUUUUUGUUUUGUGUUGCAACGACGUCUUGAGCGAGAGUGAUCUUUUUAACACCUAUCAGCAGAUUCGUCAAAUUCAUCAAAGCGUCGUCAAACUAAGUUGAUAUUUUGUCAAGUUUUUAAAAGCUUUUUAUAUUUUUUUUUAAGGAUUUUCUAACUUUUGAGUUUUUUUGGGGGUGGGAGCGUACUCUAGCUUGCUUCAAAACCGACGUGACGUAUGCCUUCGUGGAUGUAGAAGUCGCCGCCAACCAUGAGCUCAUCCCGGGUGAGACCCCAGCAACACGCCGCCCGCUCGCCGCACACCUCCGAAGCGAGCGAGGGCAUCGAGAUGGAGAACAUCCGGCAAGAGCAGCAGCAUCACGGGGACCAGGAGGACCUGGGGGUCUCGGCUGGCACCCCGUCCUCCCCGUCCAGACAAGCCUGGAGCAGGGACAACCCCGGUUUCGAGGCCGGGGACGAGAUCAUGGCAGCCGACUGGCCUCCGGCGAGCCCCGGGAGGAGGUCGGCGUCCACGGCCUCCAGCAACAGCGGCUGCAGCAGCGGCCUGGGAAUCUUCAACGGCGCCGGGGCCAGCCCUCAGCCGCGCCCGGGAGGAGUGUACCCCAGCCCGCGGGGGGACGACAGGCAGCCGGGCAGGCAUGGGCACAGCAGCUGUAUGAAACAAAUACUACAGAAAAUUAGAAUUCUUUGGGGCACGGAGCUGAUGGAGGACAGCGACAGCAGCCGGGAGAGGUACCUCUGGAACGUCCUGAGGGAGAUGCUCACUUACAUCGCCUUCCUCGUCACCGUCUGCGUCUUGACGUACGGGAUGGUGAGCACCAACAUGUAUUACUACACCAAAGUCAUGUCGCAGCUGUUCCUGGACACGCCGCUUUCCGCUGGAGAGGCAGCCACUUUUAGGAGCCUUUCAACCGUGGAGGAUUUCUGGAAGUACACAGAGGGCCCUUUCCUGAAGGGCAUGUACUGGGAGGUGUGGUACAACAACAAGAGCCUGCCGGAGAACCAGAGUCUCAUCUUCUACGAGAAUCUCCUCCUCGGCGUGCCGCGUCUACGCCAGGUCAAAGUUCGUAACGAGUCCUGCAGCGUGCACGAAGACCUGAGAGACCGAGUUCAGGACUGCUACAACGUCUACACGCCCGCCAACGAGGACACCGCCCCCUUCGGGCCCAAGAACGGAACGGCGUGGAGACACACGGCGGAGGGCGGCAUGAACGGGAGCAGCUACUGGGGCCAGGUGUCUAAAUACGGAGGUGGAGGGUACUACCAAGACCUGUCCCGUACCAAAGAGGAGUCGGCGGUCCAACUGCAGUUCCUCAAGGACCACCUGUGGCUGGACAGGGGCACCAGGGCGGUCUUCCUCGACUUUGCCGUCUACAACGGAAACAUCAACCUUUUCUGCAUCGCCAGGUUGCUGGUGGAGUUCCCCGCGACCGGCGGGGUCGUGACCUCCUGGCAGUUCCAGAGCGUGCGACUGAUCCGAUACGUGAGCAGCUGGGACUACUUUGUGGCUCUGUGCGAGGUCAUGUUCUGCCUGUUCAUCCUCUACUACGUGGUGGAGGAGGCGCUGGAGAUCCGCAUCCACCGCCUGCAUUACUUCCGCAGCUUGUGGAACUGUCUGGAUGUCGCCAUGGUGACGCUGAGCGUAGUGGCGAUCAUCAUGAACAUAACCAGAACGGCCAUGGUCGGGCAUCUUCUCAAAAGCCUGCUGGAGAACUACACCACUCACCCCGCCUUCGAGCCUCUGGCCGACCUGCAGGUGCACUUCAACAACGUGGUCGCCGUCAUCGUCUUUUUUUCCUGGCUCAAGCUCUUCAAGUUCAUCAACUUCAACAAGACCAUGAGUCAGCUGACAGGCACCAUGUCUCGCUGUGCCAAGGACCUCGUGGGCUUCGCCAUCAUGUUCUUCAUCAUCUUCCUGGCCUACGCCCAGCUGGCCUACUUGCUCUUUGGAACCCAGGUGGACGACUUCUGCACCUUCCAAGCCAGCAUUUUCACGCAGUUCCGCAUCAUUCUGGGGGACUUUGAGUUCUCCGAGAUCGAAGAGGCCAACCCUGUACUGGGACCCAUCUACUUCACAACGUUUGUCUUCUUCAUCUUCUUCAUCCUGAUGAACAUGUUCCUGGCCAUCAUCAAUGACACCUACUCGGAGGUGAAGGCGGACAUGUCUCAGCAGAGGUCCGACAUGGAGAUGAGCGACCUCAUCAAGAAGGGUUGUAACAAAGCCCUGAUGAAGCUGAGGCUGAAGAAGACGGCGGUGGACGACAUCUCGGACACUUUACGUCAGGCUGGGGGGAAACUCAACCUGGAUGAACUACGACAGCACCUGAAAGGGAAAGGCCACACGGACGCUGAGAUCCAGGCCAUAUUUGCCAAGUACGACCACGACGGCGACCAGGAGCUGACGGAACACGACCAUCAACAAAUGCGGGACGACCUCGAGAAGGAGCGAGAGGACUUGGACCUGGAGCGCAAUUCUCUGACCAGACCCUGCAGCGGGCGGAGCUUCCCGCGCACCCAGGAAGACUCCGAGGAGGACGACGACGAGGACAGCGGGCACAGCUCGCGUCGACGGGGAAGCAGCUCGGGCGGCGUCUCCUACGAGGAGUUCCAAGUGCUGGUGAGACGCGUGGACAGGAUGGAGCACUCCAUCGGCAGCAUCGUGUCCAAGAUAGACGCCGUCAUCGUCAAGCUGGAGACCAUGGAGAGGGUGACGCACAAGCGGAGGGACGUGUUGGGGAGACUGUUCGAGGGAGCAAUGGAGGACGAGCGUCAAGGACGGGACACGGACCCCCACGGCGAGCAGGAGAGGCUGGUCAGAGAGGAGCUGGAGCGCUGGGAGUCGGACGACGUGGCCUCGCAGGUCGGCCACCCGCAUCCCGCCACGCCGGUCGGCCCGCGGCCACGCCCCUCCUCCUCCCUGUCCGCCAGCGACGCCCUGGACACGUGCGGUAACGGGACGGGACACGUAUGAAAGAAAGAAAAAAAAGUGCGACUUACAGUUCUUCCAACCAAGUGAAGAUGUUGCCUCACUUUGCACCCCCCGAGUGGUCCAAGACUAAAAAAAAAAGACACUUAAAAAGAAACAUUCCACAGACCAAUCAAAUUGUACAUAAAUUACAUUUCAUGACCAAUGAGAAUACUCACCUCCAAUGCA